AUGCCGAUAGAAUUACCUUAUCACAGGAGUCUGGACGACAAUAGGGGAGCAGCUCGUCGGCGAUCGCUUCGUCGGAGAGAGACUAUCACCUCGCCAACCCGAGACCGAGGUAGAGGUAUGAGCAACGAUCCGCGUGGGAAUCUCGCCGGGACCAGCAGAAGGUAUAGAUCUGAAUCCUUGUAUGAUUUCGAGGGCAGAUCUUCCGAAUCGAGUGAGGCGGAGUUCUGGCAUGUCGACUCCUACUCUGACUUAGAUUCUGAUGAUACAGACGAGGUUGAUGAAUCGGAAUUUACCUUCGAUGCCCCUCAUCUGGACACAUUCGAGCUGCCAACGGCACAUGCGGUGCCAUCAGGUAACGGGUUAGCUGAGCCUGUAUCAAAGGCCGAUUCCAACAUUUUGAAGCAAAAAUCGCUUGAAAUGGCGCAAAUUGUCUCUUCAAAGUAUAUUGAGAGAAGAGAAAACGGAUCAGUUGAGUUUUCUGGGGAACUGAUGCGAGUAAGCGGUCGGGUGCCAUCGCUGUUCUCCUGGCUGUGA